AUGACUGAAACAUCCAAGACCAACAGCUUUGUUCUAACCAUUCGAUCGGACGGUGAAACGGGAGUUGAUAGAGCUGCUUUGGAAGCCGUCUUAGAUUACAAUGAAAAUGCUACAAAAAACAUACCUAACAUCGACAAUAAUGCGAAAAAAUCCUCGUCUUCUCUCUUUAAAGUUACCGGUUGGUGUGAAAAGGGACGACUUGCUGACGGUGAAGAAAUUCCAUCAAAAUACCCACUUAUUGAAACACCAACCAAAGGUAAAUUUCAAAAAAAUGAAUGGAACGUCCGGGAUUCGGAUGGCACUUUGUAUUUGUAUUCGUCUGGUGCCUCAAAACCUGAUACAGGAAUGGAAGUAACCAUCGAGAAGGUGAAAGAGAUGAAUAAACCAUUUCAACGUAUUUAUCUUGAUAAAGAUAUAAUGACCAACGCCAGUAAACUUCUUGGCUGGAUGAAUGACGAAAAAAUUAAGGUGCUGAAUGUAUCUGGUCCGAGUGGAAGUAAAGGUUCUGAGAUUUAUGCAAAGGCGUAUAACUUCGUGACGUCCUUCUUAAAGAUGUAUGAGAAAAAUUUGGAGAAUAAUGAAGCUGGGUUGUUAAGUUAA